AUGGCGCCGAAGCGGAAGGGUGGCAAUGGGCGGAAGAAGACCAUCAUGCGGCGGGUCGAGAAGGAGGGCGCCCGGCAGGUGUGCUUCGCCAAGCGCCGGCAGGGUCUGUUUAACAAAGCCAACGAGCUGGCGGUGAUGUGCGGCGCCGAGGUAGCCGUCGUUGCCUACUCACCCGCUGGCAAUGCCUUCUCCUUUGGUCACCCCUCUGCUGAGGCCGUCAUAGACCGCUUCUUGGCGGGCGGCGCGACGGGAGUCUUGAGCACCACCGACAAUAACAAGCUGAAGAAGUUGCACCUGCAGCAUGGCGAGCUGCGCACGCAGCUGAAGGAGGUGAAGAUGCGGAAAGAGUGCAUCGAGGAGGCCAUGGCAAAGAAGCGCGUCGUGGGGGACCAGAUUGCGGCGUGGCUUAACCCCGAACUAGGUGACAUGGGGGAGGAGGAGAUGAUGGCCUUCGCCGCCAGGCUGAUGCCGGUGCGGGUCGCCGUCUCUGAAUGCGCAAACCAGGUACUCCUGAACCUGGGGAUGGAGAACGUCCUUCGCGCGCUCCAGGCGCAUGGGGUGCCACUGCCGCAGCAGCUUUUGGGUGGAAGUACCUUUGAGUUUGGUAGCACCAGCACCAACACUGGGAUGGAGAAGCAGCAGGUGACUAUGGCGAUGCCGCCGCCGGAGUUCCCUGCUGAUAUGGAGAUGCCGCCACCCAUGGGGAUAGCCGCUGGGACAGAGAUGGUGCAGCAGGCAACCGGGACGAACAUGGGGUUCCCAUACUGA